CAUAUAAAAAAAACCUAAAUUUUAUUAUAUGGUUAAUGUAGUUGUUUAAUUUAUUUUAUUAAUUUAAGAUUAAACAAAUAUGGUAGAGAAUAUACUAAUUUUUAUCAAAUCUUUAUUUUUCUAAAUCAUUAAUUUUCAUAUAUAUAUAUAUAUAAUUUAGCUAAGUUAGAGAAUUAUAUAAGUAAAAAGCUUAUUAUAUACUCCAUUCGUUCCCGAAAGUAAGAUUUUUUAGAUUUUUUUCUUGUUCUACAAAGAUAGAUUUUCUAUAUUGUUAACGUACUUUUUUAUACUUUUGAGGAACAUCAAUUGAGAAUAUUUGAAUUGAUUAAAUUUCAUUGGUGGAAUUUAUUAGAAAGAGUAUAAUAAAGUAAAAAAUAAAUUAAAAUUAUAAAUAUUUAUUAAAUUCUUAAUAAGCAUGAAUACUCUAGAAAAUCUUACUUUCAGGAACAGAAGAAAUAUUUAGAUGGACCAACAUAUUUCUUUAAGGAUUCUAAGACUCGUUGUGGUGAUGACACAUGACUAAAUUUCUUUAAAUUUCUUUGACAAUAAUUAUAUAGCAACAAAUCUAUAGUUACAAUUAUUAACAAAAAAAAUAUCACCACAUAUUACACAUAUGUGUCAUCAUCACAAUGAGUCUUAAAAUCCUAUAGCAACAAAUUUAUAGUUAAAAAUAAAUUUCUUUAAAUUUAUAGUUAUAACAAAUCUAUAGUUACAACAAAUCUAUAGUUAAUAGGAAAAAACCUAUAAGGAUUCUAAGACUCAUUCUUUAAAUUUCUUUGACAAUAAUUAUAUAGCAACAAAUCUAUAGUUACAAUUAUUGACAAAAAAUAUUCAUAGUUACAAUUAAGAAAAAAAAACCUUAAAUUAUAAAGUAAAAAUUAUAAUCUAUAGUUUCACUCUCAUCAAUCAAAGUGAUUGGUUGAGUUGUAUACACUUUCUUUAGUUUUAAUUUCUUAUCUACAAUCUUUAAAAAUAUCAAUUAUGCUUUAAGUCAAUUUCUAAAACUACAACAAAAUGAAUAAAAAUACCAAUCAUGCUGUACUUAUGUAGGAAAAAUAUACAGCCACAUUAGAUACAUUUACAACAAAAAUUAUACAAAAAAAAGUACACACCACAAAAUUUUAAACUAUAUCUCAACCAAUCACCUCAAUGAAUCCACAAGUUAGACAAGCUUUCCUUAAUUUAUGUAUAUAAUAAAUGAAUUUUUGCUACCGACUAAUUUACGUUCCCCUAAUUUACUGCAUUUUAGUCAUAAAAUAAAAUUAAUGGAUAGCCAAAUCGGCCAUAAUUGGUUUGAUUUCUUCCCAAAUUAUGCUAACUUGUUUCCUAAACAAUAACGAUAUCGUCGUUGAAACAACUUUUUUGAGUAAGAAUUCUUACACAGAGUUGGUUUAAAAUUAAAAGCCACCAUCUGUCGUUCGACUCUUUAUAUAUGGUAAACCCGUCAUCUUCGCUCUUGCUCUUGCUCUCUCAUAGCCUAGCCUGCCCUUUAGGUGCCUAUAUAAACAAUGCCACACACACUCAUUGAGUCCCAAACCAAAGGCCCUUAACUAUCUCUCUUUCUCUCUAUCUAUCUCUUGUUCUGUACGAAAACAGAGAACAAUAUAUUUAAAAAAAAAGAAAAAAAAAAGAAAAAGGAGAGAAGAUGGGUAUAAUGAUGGUGAUGUUUGGUCUUCUUUUGAUCAUUGUAUGCAUCUGCUCUGCUCUUCUCCGAUGGAAUCAGAUGCGUUAUUCCAAGAAAGGUCUCCCUCCUGGAACCAUGGGCUGGCCAGUUUUUGGUGAAACCACCGAGUUUCUCAAACAAGGACCAGAUUUCAUGAAGAACCAAAGACUCAGAUAUGGGAGUUUCUUCAAAUCUCACAUUCUUGGUUGCCCAACAAUAGUCUCAAUGGACGCAGAGCUCAAUAGAUACAUUCUAAUGAGCGAGUCGAAAGGAUUAGUCGCUGGGUACCCACAAUCCAUGCUCGAUAUUCUAGGGACAUGCAACAUCGCUGCUGUUCACGGCCCGAGCCACAAGCUCAUGAGAGGCUCAUUGCUCUCUCUAAUAAGCCCAGCCAUGUUGAAAGAUCAUCUCUUGCCUAAGAUUGAUGAGUUCAUGAGAAGCUAUCUUUGUGGUUGGGAUGAGCUCGAGACCGUUGAUAUCCAAGAAAAGACCAAACAUAUGGCAUUUUUAUCAUCAUUGUUACAAGUAGCAGAGACUUUGAAAAAAACAGAGGUUGAAGAAUAUAGAACAGAGUUCUUCAAGCUUGUUGUCGGAACUCUUUCGGUCCCAAUCGAUCUCCCAGGAACGAAUUAUCGCUAUGGAGUCCAAGCAAGAAACAAUAUCGAUAGGUUAUUGACAGCACUUAUGCAAGAACGAAGAGGGUUAGGAGAAACAUUCACAGACAUGUUGGGUUACUUGAUGAAGAAGGAAGAUAACAAAUACUUGUUAACUGAUAAGGAGAUUAGAGAUCAAGUAGUAACGAUUCUGUAUUCGGGUUAUGAGACUGUCUCUACAACUUCCAUGAUGGCACUUAAGUAUCUCCAUGAUCACCCUAAAGCUCUUGAAGAAAUGAGAAGAGAACAUUUGGCUAUUAGAGACCGAAAACGACCUGACGAACCACUCAAUCUCGACGAUAUUAAAUCGAUGAAAUUCACUCGAGCUGUGAUCUUUGAGACAUCAAGAUUGGCAACGAUUGUCAAUGGUGUCCUAAGGAAAACUACUCACGACUUGGAACUCAACGGGUAUUUAAUCCCAAAGGGUUGGAGAAUUUAUGUAUACACAAGAGAGAUCAACUAUGAUACAUCUCUAUAUGAAGAUCCAAUGAUCUUUAACCCAUGGAGAUGGAUGGAAAAGAGCUUGGAAACAAAGAGCUAUUUCUUACUCUUUGGAGGUGGAGCAAGACUUUGCCCUGGAAAGGAACUAGGAAUCUCUGAAGUUUCCAGCUUCAUUCACUACUUUGUUACAAGAUACAAAUGGGAGGAGAAAAGAGGAGAGAAGCUAGUGGUGUUUCCAAGAGUUUCUGCACCAAAAGGAUACCAUGUUAGGGUUUCACCUUACUGACUUUGUUUUGUCCUAAUAUUGAAAUUAUGUUAUAAUCAAUUAACGGUCUUUUGUUAGGGUUACUUAACCUAUUUUAUCUCUCGAGUUCUUAGAGAAGUUGGAUAAUGUACAGAGAGGAAUAUAGAAGCCAAAAAAAAAAAUAAGUAUUAAAAUGUUGAGCUGUCUUUUAACUUGUAAAGUUGUACUUGUACACAUAAUUUUUACAUUGCAUAAUUAUUGUCUGGAUAAUGACCGUUUUAAUUCCAGUUACAAUAGUUUUCCUUUCACUUGGAUGAUGCUCAACAAGUGUUUUCGCGAAUCUGAAAAUCACAAAAGUAGAAGUAACAUAGAUCAUAAUUACUAAUUAGGACACCCCUCCCCCCCCCCCCCCCCCCCCCCCCCCCCAAAAAAAAGAAAAUAAUCUUUUCACAAUAAGAUACAUAAUUAAUUACAUCAUUUGUGAAAUGAUUUCUGAUUAGAUAAUUGGUCGUGAUUUGAUGGGCUUGAUAAGCCCAUUAUACAUUAUAGCCCAUAGUGUUGACCAAAUUUUAAGACGAAUAUUUAUAAGAAAAGCACAACCCAAUAAAGCACUUUCAAAUUAUUAUGAGUUAAUGACGUUAGGUAGCCGAACUCAAGAUUUUAGCCAUUCUACUAAUUAAGUUUUACACCAAAGGCUCCAUUCCUACUAUGAAAAAACAUGGAACUCUCUGAAACUAACGCGGAGGGAGUCGAACCUCGAACGAGUCAAGUGAUCAUUAAGUAUUAUUUUGUCAAAUCUCACAGAUGCAUCUCGUGUAUAUGCCAGAAUAGCUAAUAUUUUUUUUUUAAUAUCAGAAAUGAAUUUAGUUUCUUACGUCAUUAGAGAUAUUUUCUUUGAUGCUUAUCGAAUAUUAAAUUAAGUAUAAGCUUCAUGAAAAUCUUCCAAAUUGGAGUAUAUAUAUAUAUAGUUUAUCAAAGGAAUAUCCAAAACCACAAUUAGGAUUAUAAAAGAACUAAUUACAAUUCAUAACUCUGAUGAUAAUUUAACUUGUAAUGAAACAUCAUCUUCUAAAUUUCGUGAACAAGGGAAGUUGCCAUCUCCAAGGUACAAAGAUUUUUUAAUCUAAUUUUAAAGUUCAAAUCUUGAUUUUUUAAAAGGUUGAAUCGGCUUAACCAAUUCAAGAAAACCCUAACAUUACCAUAAAUGUUGUUACGGAUAGCCGAAAGGCCACAUGGAUACAAGGUGAGUCAUCGAUGUUUUAUUGUAUGCAAGGCAUUUUCUGAUUUUACUAUUGCCCGAAAUAGAAUACACUUCAAUAGGCCUAUUAUUUUAAGCAUAAUAUAAAUAUUUUAAUUUAUCAAUAAACUAUUUAAGAAUUAUCUCUUAAAGCAUGCUUGCCUUUUUCAUUAUUUUAUUUCACAGGUGUUGAGGUUCAACUGGCUGAUAUUUUCGAGAAAAAAAGAACCCACUAGUAUUUUUUUAUAAUAUAUAGUUAUAUACUUUCCCCAAGAACUGAAUCCAAAACUCAGUUAUGCUUAUGCGAUGAUGUCUAAAAAGCUUUUCAAGUGUCAAAAGAUAAAACAUUGUUGUUCAAGAAUAAUUGUUAGUGGUGACGAAUAAAUUUAUUGUACGGAUCUAUGUAUGGAUUUGGUAAUAUGGUACUUGUAAAAUCCUAAUUGGGUAAGAAAAAUAAUGAGCUGGUUCUCAUUAUGUAUCAACACAUGUUUGAAGGAUAGUGGCUUACCAAGAUUGUUUCUGUGAUUGUGGAACUCAAGUUAAAACUUAUAUAAUAAAUAAGGCUAAUAAUAGUCCAUAAACUCACAUAUGACAUGAUUAACUAUAGGGUCUUUAACUAAAGUAAAUGAAAAUUAUGAAAUAAAAAAUAAAUAACUAAACACCCAUAAACAGUAAGAGGUGGCUGUUACUAAGCAUAUAUAGAUACACAUAAUACAUAUAUAUAUACACGCACAUGUUCAACCACAAACAUGAACAUAAUAGAGCAAAUCACAGAGUCUUACAUGCACACAUAUAGACAUAAGUUGUAGUAUACUGGCUUGCGUGUGAAAUUGUUUCUGAGGAUCGAAGAGAUAUGCUUUAUUGGGGAGUUGAUCAAGUCCAUCACCCAAACCAUGAUCAGGAUCCUUAUAAACAACAGCAACAACAAGGAUGUAGAAAGGGACCAUGGACACCUGAAGAAGACAAGCUUCUCGGUGAGUAUGUUUCUUCGAAUGGGGAAGGAAGAUGGAGCACUGUUGCUAAGUCUGCAGGUAAAAUAUUUUGAUUUUCUCAUUGCUACAUAUAUAUUAGCUUCUAUAUAUACAUAGUAUGUACAUGUUUCUCAUCUGAUUUCCAUCGGUUCUAUAGCUUGUGUAGACAUAUUAAGAAGCAAAUCUUUUUCCCAAAAAAGAAGAAGCAAAUCUAGACUGUUUUACUCCAUUGACAUAGAUCUUCUUUCUUAUCAAAUAGUAGUUUCUUUGGUAGAUUUAAUCAACAAUUACAUAGAAGUAAUCCAAUUAGUUAGUAUACAUAUGCUUUAAUGACGAUCAAUAAAAGACAAGUGGAAAGAUCAUAUAUGAUACUAUGGUUCUAGUUGACUUAAUGAAGAGUUUGAUAAUACAUUUCAUUCUUGUUUUCUUUCGUCUUUAGAUAUAUAUAAGCAAGUCUUACACUUUUCAUGGUUAGAAAUGGGACAGUGUCAUGGUGGAAUACGCUUUUAGUGUUUUUUUUUUUGAAAAUCGAAAACUGAUUCUUAUUAUUCCUUAUAUUGGGGGAGUUGACUUCGAUCAGUUAGGCAUUCUUUUAACAGAUAUUACCUUUUUAUUCGAACAAUUUGGUCGAGAUAAUGUAAAAUAGAAUAUAUUCAUAUACACUCAUGUUAUAUAGAUAAAGAUCAUCAAGUUUUUUUUUGUUUUGUUAAAAGGCUUAUAAAGAUCAUCAAGUUGCCAUAUAUUUGUACACAUUCAUGUUUUGUCAAGCCCAUUCUUAGUGCUCUUUUCAAUAUUUGUUGUUUAUGUCUUGGAACUGAAAAUCAGGGUUGAAUAGAAGUAGCAAGAGCUGUAGACUAAGGUGGGUGAACUACUUGAGGCCAGGGCUUAAGAGAGGUCAAAUUACUCCUCAAGAAGAAGGAAUCAUCCUUGAACUUCAUUCCCUAUGGGGUAACAAGUAAGCUCCUUUCUUCUUUUGUUUUUGUUGAAAACGCUCAUUAAAUGCCAAACUCUAGGAGCAUCUGCAUCGCGGGUCUCUAAAGGGAGGGCCCCACAAUUUUGCAAAAAACGGUAUACAAAGUGUGCACAAUAAGAAAUGUGUGUUGUGUGUUUUUUGUACUGUUUAGGGGUCCACCAAAACAUGACAGUCUGCGAUUGGUGUAUUUUUUAUUUAUUUUUAUUUUUUUUAAUCAGGAAAAAAAAUAAGAGACUUUAGCGAUGUAGAUGCUCUAAACGGAUACCAACAUAGUACAUACUAGUUAUCUGACAGCAUGAUUGGUAUAUACACAAAUAGUUUUUACUCAUAAUAUGCAUGAGUCACUAUUGCAUGGUAUUUUACGUUAACUUUAUGUACGGAUUCAAACACUUCAUGGAAAUGCAUUUUAAUAUAAUCUUAACAAAAAAAAAUAUAGGUGGUCUACAAUCGCAAGAUAUUUACCAGGACGAACUGAUAACGAAAUCAAGAACUAUUGGAGAACACAUUACAAGAAAAAAGAAAAAUCUUUUUCAAAGCAAGAAAAACUCAGAAGAUCCCGGAAACAAUUUGAUCUAAAACCACAACCGCAACUGCAGAAUCAACAGUCUAAGCUGGUGUCUGAAGACCACAUAAAUCUCGACAA